AUGGCUUGCAGCCCUUUUCGCGGAAGCACAUCCGCCCUGAUGCAGUACGCAAAGUCUUUGCGUUCCACCACGUCCCAGGCCACAGAAGGCUUUUUCCCCAUGUACACAGUUCAUGCGGAAGCAUUGCUGGACAUGGCGGAGGUCGUGCCCCAUGAGCAGUUGAAGGCAAACAAGCUGUUGGUCGAGUUUGACGAAAGCUUGGGCAGCGCCAUCUUCGUUUCGCACGAGUGGGUGGGCCGCCAUCAUCCGGAUCCGGAGUGCAAGCAACUUCGAGUUCUGCAGGAUGCGCUGAAGCACAUGCUUUCCGAUUUGCAGCAAAUCCCACUGGAUAUGUACACAGAGACCUUCUUUCCGAGUGCACGGCCGUUGCAGCUGUCCGACCUGCGUGCGGAGCCUCUUUACGUUUGGUACGACUAUUUCUCUUGUCCACAACUGGAGUUCCCAAGCCCGGGCACCGGGCGAGACAGUCCAAGAGCGAACCUUGCGAGAGCUGUUGACAGCAUCCCUUCAUACAUCGCAAGGUGUAAGUUCUUUUUCGCCCUCUGCCCUGUCGUGGAAACCAGCUCGCUUGGAAAAGUGUUCAGCACAUUUUCUUGGAACGCCCGAGCAUGGUGCCGCACGGAGAGAGUCCUUCGAGAACUGGCGCCGAACGAUCCCUACAUUAUCAUGAUUAAGAGCAGCACGGAGUUAGAGUUGACAUCCUCCUUUGCCCCAUUUUUCGUCGUGCAACCGGCGGGCGAAGGCCAUUUCACGGACGAAAAAGAUCGCAUGAAGCUUGCUCCGGUUUUUCAGCAUGCACUUCUGUGCAAGAUGAAGCUCCUUCUGAAGAGACUGGAUGUUGUCGGCUAUCGGUUUCUUCUCAACAAGCAGAACGUUUACUUGAGAGGUUUCGAUGUAUCCGCGGUGUAUGACUUGGUGCCCGGCUUUGCACCAGACCCCGGCUUGGGGACCUAUGCCGCGGCCUUCGCUGCACAAGAGUUCCUCUUCCAGAACGGCUUUACAAGGAUUGACGAGUUCAGUGGCGGAUGGUCACCACUGCACUUCGCAGCUUUGCGCGGAGAUCCGCUCGUGAUCCAGGGCCUGCUCCAGCUUCGGGCGAACGUAGAUCGCUGGACUCGCAAAAGCCAGCCGAUCACAGGAGUACCGGCUGGAUGCAGCGCACUCGGUAUCUGCAGCUUCUUCAAGCACCACGACUGCAUGCGCUUGCUGAUCACCGCAAGAGCCCCAGUCGACUCUGGUCUUCAUCCAGUUCUUGCAGGGCCAGCUGCUGCAGACGAUCCCGAAGGCAUCCGAAUUCUGUGUACAGCUGGGGGCCGAAUCUUCAAGGUCAAUCUCCUGGGAGACGCCUCCUUCGAGUACAGUUCCGCCUUUGGAACAAUGGCAGCACUGGAAGAGCUUGUCACCCAAGCUGGCACCGAGAAGCAGUUGCCCCAAACACGCUUGAACAGAUCAUUGUACUUGGCAUCAGCAGGUCGAGGAGGCAGUGCUGAGGUCAUUCUGCGCUUGAUCGAACUACGGGCUGAUGUCAAUGCAACCAUUCGGCCAAACAAGCCUUUGCGCGCCCUUUUCCUCACAAAGGGACUUCAAUACCAGUUUGGCAAGAGGACGUUGCUUACAAGAUGGGCAUACCACUAUGCAGGUCAGACGGCCCUAAUGGCAGCAGUGAUGUCAGGUCAAUUCGAAGGUGCUGCCGCCCUUAUUGCUGCGGGAGCACGACUCGAUCUGCGCAACUCCCGCAACUGGACAGCGGCGGCCUCCGAGUUGGCAGAGUCAGGUGAUCUUAAAGCGGCGCAGCAGAUACUCAAAGAGGCAGUGUCCACCGGUCUCAUUCCGCCGCCUCUGCAACGGCAGGUCUUGGCCUGGUGGUCCGCAGGAGAGUACGACGUGCUGCAGUCCGCCGGCAAGGCCCCGAAGAAAGAGCAGCCGACUGAUGCGAAGGACGACGACAUGGAGGCCCAGGUGGUGCGCCUCAUGAAAGAGAAGCAGUGGUCCCGGAAAGAGGCCUGCCAGUACAUAGAUGAAGGCGGUCUCGACAUGGAAGCCAUGCGGGCCGAGAUGAACAAUCCUAUGGACGAAGCCUUCGAGAAGCUAAAGCAGCAAGGGCCACCUCAGUGGUUUGUCGAAGCGAUGACGAAUGCACAGGAAAAGGCGAAGCAGGAGGAGACAAAGGCUGAAGAAUAA